CUGUUGUUCAUUGCCCCGUCACAUGUCCAUUGCCCAAUUUUCAAACGCGCACCCGAUAUUGGGAUGGGAGAAAAGGGACGUUGUAACUUUCCGAGUUGAGCGACAGGGCAGAUUGGCUCAGACAUAACGUUCGAUUAAUCAAACAUAAUGGAAAACACAAGCCAUGUUUCUACAAUGUGUCUGUUAUCCAUGGCAUUGUUGUGACUGAUCUCUCUCUUUUACGGUAUUAUAUUCUCCGGCUAUUUAACAUGUACUUGUAUUCAAUGAACUCCACAGCUGUCGAUGUAACUCAUGAGAGCUAUGAAGUACCGGACUUGAGUAAUAAAGCGCUCAUAUUCAAUCCUGAACCUAUUGCCUUUCAUAGAGAUAAUUUCCCAAUGUCUACGAAUAUGAGUUUUCGUUUAAUUGAAUGUAAUAACAGAAAGAGCCGUAGUUGAGCUACACAUCAUAUCUGAUUCGAUCAAUGUCGCACCCUAAACUUCAAAAUUCAAGCCUAUCCAGCACAAUCUAUCACUAUCAG